GAGCCUAUAGCCUGUAGGCUAUUAUAAGAAGGAGCAGGUGGCAAAUGCCGGAAAUUUAGGCCCAAACCAAACUAAAACCAAAAUCCCUCCAACCUCGUUUUUGAAUUUGAACAGCAAAACAGACACUCCCCCGUUUGUUUACCUUCAUUUUAACCAUAAAACAAUUUACUAAUGCCCUUAUUAUGUAAAGCGCGCUCUCUUUUUUAUCUCUCUCUCCAAUUCGAAAAAUCAUUAACAAUUUCAAACACAUAUCUCCCUUUUUGCAACCCUAACCCACCAUUCUCUAAUCAAUCUGAAGUUUACUUAGGACCCAUUUGAAAAAGACACAAUCUUGAUUAAUAAAUUUUAAUCUUUUUUUUUGUUUCAUUAUUUCAUUCAAUGGUUAGUCCUAAAAGUCUUAACUUUGGACUGGGUUUCAUGAAUUACUGAAUUAGAGACAAAAAGGGUUGAUCUGGGCCUGAAAAACGCUUUGCCUUUAACUGGGUUUUCAGGAUAAUGAAGAAUCAAGGCGAUUUAGGGUUGCCCGGAUCUGAUUCUAAGGUGAUUGGAGAGAAGCGGAUCAGUUGUGAAUUGGGAGAGAAACAAGAAAGUGCUCUUAAGCGGAUCAAAAUGAGAGAUCUUAAUUUUGUGUUGAGGUCUCAAGAAACCAGCGCCCAUCAUUUGAAGAUUAGAGAAGCUGGUUCCCAAAAUCAGUUGAGUGCAGAGAUAUCACAAGUUACCAAUGUGCCUGUGACCUUGGACCUGUCUGCUUCUCAAGUAGAAAUAAGCGGAAAAACUGCGGUACCAGUUGAGGUCAAUCCUGGCCAUAGGUCAUUGGAUCUCAAUAGUGAAGCUUGCAUCGCUAAUGUUUCACCUAGCGAUGGUAGUCCAAAACGCAAUGAGAAUUAUAACAAAGUUCUCUUGCUCAAGAAGCAUGAUAGAGAACAUGAUGAGAGAUGUGUAAGCUCUGGAGGGAUUGGCUUGGAUCUAAAUGAAGACGAUGUUAGUAGUUCUAUGAACCAAGACUCUUCCAAAAAUCAAGAUCAAUUGAAGUUAAGAAGGGACCUUUCUGAGUGUGGUAGUACAACAGGUCCAGUGGAGGGGAAAGAUCCAUUGAAAGUUUGGACGGAGAUGAAACAAAAUGGGUUUCUCUCAUCUUCUCAUGGGGGCAUUUCAUUUCAAAGUGGUCUAGUCUCAUCUUCACAUGGAGGUAUACCAAUGCCAAAACAACGUGGGCGGAAAAACAAGAAUGAUGUUCUCAAGAAAAGGAUGGAGCUUGCAAAGAAAGAACAAGUCGAUAGAUUCACAAAAAUUGCUGCACCAAGCGGACUGUUAAAUGGAUUGAAUCCUGGGAUUAUCAAUCACGUGAGGAACAAAAAACAAGUUCACUCCAUAAUAGAGGCCUUAGUGAGGUCUGAAAAAGUCGAAAAUGGUCAUGUUGAAACUAAACAAGAAACCUGUGUAAAAACUGCAACAAAAGAAAUCAGUAAUAUGAUUGAUUCAGGAAUUCAUCGAUUAAAUUUUUCUCAAGGAAUUGGGGGUUCAUCUAUUUUAUCUGGGAGCAAGCAAAUAGGAGGGUACCAUAUAUUAGGUGGAGAGGGUGACUUCAGCAUGAUAGACAAGGUAUCUGGUAAAAAUUCUGCCUCACACUCCACCCAUGUCUUGGAUGGUGAUACUAUAGCACUGAAGUUAUCAACAUCGACCAAGGCAUCUGAGGAAUCUAGUACUUUUUCUAAUGAGGAGUCAACAAAUGGCACUAGCAUCUCUUCUCUUUCUGUAAGAGCUGCUAGUGUUGCUUCUCAAUGGCUAGAGCUUCUUCAUCAAGAUAUUAAAGGACGCCUCUCAGCACUGCGGCGUAGUAAGAAGAGAGUUGGAGCCGUAAUUAAAACAGAAUUGCCCUUUCUAAUAUCUAAAGAAUUCCCAUCCAAUCAAGAGAAUGAUCCUUACAUCAUGAAACAUUCAUCCGAUGGACUUUCCAACAAUACCAUAUCUGCCAUGCAUCAAGCAAGAUGGACCACACUAUUUCAUCAGAUGGAUAAGGCGCUUUCUGAAGAAGAGAAACAACUUGAAAGUUGGUUGAACCAAGUAAAAGAAAUGCAACUGCAUUGUGAUCAGGGGCUACAAAAUUUCCUAUGGAACCCAAUGUUUGGUUUCCAACAGCAGGAAACAUCAGAAAAUUACACCAGCUUCAGUGGCAAUGUUCUGCCUUUUUUUUCCACCUUUAAUAGAAUCGGGAAAGCAGACAGCACUGAAAGGGAGUUAGCAGUUAGAGCUGCUGCGGCUUCCAUCUAUUCAACCUGCAGUCUUUUGAUGUCAAAGGAGAAUGUAUCUUGCUUUUGAUCUAUUGCUUUUAAUAUUGGUGUCAAAAUCAGCCAACAAUGUUGCUGUGUCUCUUAUUUCUACUGUGGUGGAUUGCCUAAUUCUAAAUCUUGAAAAGUCCUUGUGCAUUUCAGCAAACUACUGAUCAGGUCUUUAAUUUUAAAAGGCUAUGCAGCUUUGCAUUUGUAACAUUAGAAGCGAGGCUGUUUUAGCUUUUUCUGUUGUUUAAAUUAUUGUCAGCUUUACCAAAAAAAUGGUAGAAUCUAAUUGCUAGAAAUGUAGUUUGCAUAAUUUGAGGAGUGAGUAGUGGCAGAAUGUAAUUUUAAAAACAUUUACUGAUGAUAAUGUUACAUUUUUCUUUCUUUUUUAA